AUGGAAAACCACACAGAGGUGCAUGAGUUCAUUUUAAUGGGACUAACAAAAGACCAUCAAAAGCAACAUAUUCUUUUUAUAUUUUUUCUGCUGAUCUACAUGGCGAGCUUACUGGGAAAUGGAGCCAUUUUGGCUAUAACAUUUGUAGAACCACGACUCCAUACUCCUAUGUACUUUUUUCUAGGCAAUCUCUCCUGUUUGGAUAUAUGCAGUUGUACAGUUACUGUGCCAAAAAUGCUGACGGGCUUUCUUGUGGAGCCCCAAGCAAUUUCUUUUAUCGGGUGCCUCACUCAGCUACAUUUUUUCCACUUCCUCGGAAGUAGUACAGGCAUUCUUCUGGGUGUUAUGGCAUUCGAUCGCUGUGUGGCUAUAUGCAACCCUCUCCGUUACACUGUUAUCAUGAAUAAAUGGACUUGCUUUCUGCUGGCUGGGGUCACCUGGGCUGCGGGUUUCUUUCAUGCCCUUAUGCACACAGUUUUGACCUCUCGCCUAUGGUUCUGUGGCCCCAAUUAUAUACAGCAUUUCUUUUGUGACAUUAAGCCCCUGCUAAAAUUGGCCUGCAGCAGCACAGCCCUCAACCUCAGCCUUCUUAAUAUUGUUACUGGUUCAAUUGCUCUGGGUGGCUUUUUCCUCACUCUUCUCUCCUACUUGUACAUCAUAUCCUUCCUCUUCUUCAAAGUUCAGUCCUGGAAGAGCAGAUGGAAAGCUUUCUCUACAUGUGCCUCCCAUCUGACAGUUGUAGCUCUCUUGUAUGUUCCAGUUCUUUCCAAUUACAUGCUUGCAUCUACUGGUGAAUCAGCCAAAAGAGAGACGAUUGUCACUAUAUUGUACAGUGCAGUCACUCCAGUUCUGAAUCCUCUAAUUUACACCCUUAGGAAUCAAGAGGUAAAAUCUGCUCUGAAAAAAAUGUUAACCAGGAAACAGCAGUCUGUAAGGACAUGA